UGGUUUUGCGAAACAUUUCCACAGGAUGUAGAGCCAUGGCGUCCGCCAGCACAAGCCGUGCUAACCAGAAGCACUUGCCUAGGGGGGUUUCCAAGAAGAUCUUGAAGAAAGGGAGCAGUCGAGAUCCAGCCCUCGAUAGCCUCGAUUUGACGGGUUUGUCCUCUUUGGUGGCUAAACCAGCCGUGCGUCGGAAAAUUUACAGUGAGGCUCGGUCCUUUCUAGGUGAUGCUAAGAGCGAAACGCAGGAGGAGCUUUCAUCGAAGGCGCUGUUCCAGCAAGCCGCAGCAUCAGUUCGACAAUCAGUCAGGAAAGCAAGUAUCGCCGGACUUGCAAUCGACCAGAUGUCUCAGAGCCAGAGCGGAGUUGAUUUCCGCAGCCAAGCUGCAGAUGAAUCGGCUGGGAGCGCUGCUGUGUGCCGUCUCUCCGCUACUUCAACAAGCUCCAAAGAGCAGAUGCCAGAGACGACAAUGCAGGCUGGAAUGGACGCGGAUCACGUCGAGAACGAAGCAGAGGUUGAAACCGAAAGACUCAGGCAGCAUUUUCUGAGAACUUUGGAGGAGGUGAAGCAGAUCUUGGAAAGAAUUGAUCUAUCCGACACACUGGAGGAGGUUUCGCACGUCUUGGAUUGGGUCAAAGAGUUGGAGGCCAUGAUGGAUGAAAUGACAAGUUCGUCAAGUUCAAGUCUGGAGAACUAUGAGGUAGUUGCCGAGGCAAGGAAGGAUGUGGAGGAGCGCGUGCAGCAUGCUUUGGAGAUGGCCAGCAAGAAGAUACCAGAAGCCGUGCAAGCCAUACACAGGUCCAGGAGCCCCAACACUUCUCAGCUUGCAACCAAUGCCCUCAUGAAUAUGGAAGGCUUCAAAGAGCAGUCUGAACUCCUGGGUGCCCCCUUUGUGAAACCCAAGAAAGCCAAAGUCAAAGGUCACAAAAAGCAGGACCAGGAGCAGGCGACAGAAAGGCGCUUUUCACGUGAGCAACUGCGACAGAAGCUGAGGAGCAAUGCCUUGCAUGGCUGGAUGCCUCUUCCUCCACCAUUGCGGACAGAAACCCCCAAGACACGAGAUGAGCGCUCGGAAAGUUGGCUGAAGUGGUGGUCUCACGAAGAAGGAGAUGGCUUAGAUCGGCGAGAAGCUUUUUUUCAGAAUUUGCCACCCAACAAGCUGACUCUCAUGGAGAUGGAACUGCGGGAUGCAAUCAUAGACUUCUUGGAGCAGAGGAAGUCAGAGGACAGCCCAACCUGGGAUGAGAUAAGGGUGCAACCGAUGGUUGUUGAAUGUACGAAGAAAGCCCUGCCACACUUUGUCUCCCUCGAGGAGUGGUUGCACAGACGCCAGCGUUUGUCAAAUCAUGGAAUCAUCACCUGGCCACCGCCACCACCACUGUGGAGACUGGAACCUACAGAAAGGUGGAAGAAGGACCUACCGCCUGAGCCAUCACCAGAAGCUCAUACCAAGUUUCAACGCCGAGACUCCACCCAACGGCGCGGCAGCAGCGUCUUUGGGGUGAAUUUCCAAGUGACUGACCACGGCCAGAUCUUCGGCGUUUUAGCAGGCGACGAGGAGGCUGUAUGUGAAUUGCCUUGGCCUUGUAGCUCUGUGGUGCCAGAGCAGAAGAACUUCGGCUGGAUAAAAAGCUCAGGCGCUCGGGGAUGCUUGCCUUCUGUUGCUACACACGGCAACAUGACUGUCGAGGAUGUAAUGGCCUGGCGCCUUUCGCAUCGGUUUCGGCAGCGUAGGGUGGAGCCAGUUCUGCAGAGCAUGUGGCAGGCGCUCGCGAAGCAGAGAUUACCAAAGACUUGCAAAUGCGAGCAUUGCAGGGGCACUUUGCAGUAUGAAAUUACAUUGGCUAGCAGUGAGUGAUAGUGAGUAAGGUUGCGAAAUCAGCCUGUCGGCUACUGUUUCAAAGAAACAUUGCAGAAAGGCUUGAUCUAGGAAAAGCACGCAAGCUUGUGCAAUUCCUGUCGCGGCGAAUGAGAUUGCGCAAGCCUGUUUGAAAGGCCACGAAUGUGGACCAUGAACAGCUGCGCUCAAUGUGGCCAGUGUACAGGUGUGCCACGGAACAAAUCCCCACGUGCGCAGCCAUGGAAGAA